UUUUUUUUACCUUAAUCACAGAAACACCUGCUAAUGAACGUGAGCAACUUUUGAUACAAAAGUUAAGACAAUGCUGUACGCUCUUCGAUUUUUCCGAGCCAUUAAGCGACCUAAAAUGGAAGGAAGUGAAACGAGCGGCGCUGCACGAAAUGGUGGAGUAUCUGUCCAAUCAGAAUGGGGUUAUCACGGAGGCAAUAUAUCCGGAGGCAAUAAAUAUGUUUGCAGUAAACUUAUUUCGCACAUUACCGCCAUCGUCAAAUCCUAACGGUGCUGAAUUUGAUCCGGAAGAAGAUGAGCCGACGUUAGAAUCAUCUUGGCCUCAUCUGCAAUUUGUUUAUGAACUGUUUUUGCGUUUUCUUGAAUCGCCAGAUUUUCAGCCGAACAUCGCCAAACGUUAUAUUGAUCAUCAAUUUGUGUUGCAACUGCUGGAACUUUUUGAUUCGGAGGAUCCACGCGAACGUGACUUCCUAAAGACUGUACUGCAUCGGAUCUAUGGGAAGUUCUUGGGUUUGAGAGCAUUUAUACGCAAGCAAAUCAAUAACGUAUUCUAUCGUUUUAUUUAUGAAACCGAACAUCACAAUGGCAUUGCUGAACUCUUGGAAAUCCUCGGUAGUAUUAUCAAUGGUUUUGCAUUGCCAUUAAAAGAGGAGCACAAACAAUUUCUGCUGAAAGUACUCUUACCGUUGCACAAAGCGAAAAGUCUGUCUGUUUAUCAUCCGCAGCUAACAUACUGUGUAGUGCAGUUCCUGGAGAAAGAUCCAAGCCUAUCAGAGCCAGUCAUAAGGAGUCUUUUGAAGUUCUGGCCCAAAACACAUAGUCCCAAAGAAGUGAUGUUUUUAAAUGAACUGGAGGAGCUACUCGAUGUCAUCGAACCAGCUGAAUUUCAAAAAGUUAUGGAACCGCUGUUUCGGCAAAUUGCCAAAUGUGUGUCGUCACCACAUUUUCAAGUCGCCGAACGUGCGCUUUACUACUGGAAUAACGAGUAUAUAAUGUCGCUGAUCGCUGAUAAUUCACAAGUCAUAUUGCCGAUAAUGUUUCCGGCAUUAAAUAGAAAUUCAAAAACGCAUUGGAACAAAACGAUACAUGGACUUAUUUAUAAUGCACUUAAGCUGUUCAUGGAGAUGAAUCAACGUCUUUUCGACGAGUGUAGUCGAAAUUACCGUCAGGAAAAGCAGCUGGAACGCGAAAAGAUGUCGCAACGCGAAGAGCUUUGGAUGCAGGUUGAGUCUUUGGCCAAAAGUAAUCCUGAGUGGCCAAAAAUGUGUGGUCAAAUGGACAAUUUAAGUAUUUCAAGUAGUCAAAACGAGUUUGAAGAAAAUGAGAAUUGUGAUCUGACUUACGACAAAUUUGAACAAGAAAACAGACAACAACAGAUGCAACCCCAACAACAAGCAGCACAGGAAACUAGAGAGGUGCGAGGUGAACGCAAUAAAGACAAGCCGUUGUUAAGAAAAAAGUCGGACUUGCCUACUGACAGUGGCACAAUUCGUGCUCUAAUCGAACACAAGCGGCCGGAUGACUUCUUAAAGACACCACCGGAUGUAAACAAAUACUAAGUUAAAUAUUAAGGCGAAGCAUAUGGCAAAAUCGGAGCCAGCGACACUUGCACACGACUUGAUAAUCAACAUAUAUAGAAAUAUACAAAAAAAAAAAAAAAAUGGAACAAUAAAUAAUAUUUAAGUGUACGUGAUGUACAUGCAAUUAUUACAGUUUAACAAUUUCAAUUUUCAUUAGACCCAGGUACCAUUAAACUUUAAUAAUUUUAAGCUUAAAUUAACGCAAAUUAAUUAUUCGUAUAUCUUUUGUUGUAUUCGCCGUAAAAAUGCAAAAAACAACAUAGUCUAUAUGAAAGCUUGUAAUGACGUGAACUAAAUUAUCCAUGAUUAUUAUACAUAAAUAUAAUCCAUAUUGUUAUAAUCUAAAUACAUAUAUAUCAGUCAAACCUUUUAAAAACAAAUGAAAACUAUCACAUGUGCGAUGCUUUGCUUGAAUUCGACUUGAAAAUACAUACAUACGUAUAAAACCAAGA